ACAUAUGUACACACUCAUACAUACGAACCGUAGGCCGCCUCGCUGCUCUCUGCCUCUCUCUAGUACGAGGAUACGUGGAGGGUGUCGUCUGCUGCUGCUGCCUCUGCUCCCUCUUGACCUCACACUAAUAGUUUCUGUGGCGUUAUCAGCCUCCGUACCUUCCCCUCGCUGCUGAUCAUUGGGAGUUGUAAGAUAGAUCAUUCUGAGUGCAUCAGAAGGUCCCUGUCUACUAAUCUAUACUGUAAUUGCAAUGAGUAUGAAGAAAAAAUGAUAUAAUACUGUAGUUUUGACAAAUAAGUAUAUUUUUAUAGUACAGUAUAAAAACUAGUUUUAGUUUUAGAACAAAGAAGUUUAAAUAUAAACAAAUUUUAAGUGCUAGAUGCUUCUUAGUGCUGAAUGUAUAUUUAUUAGGAUCUGCGUGUAUAUACACUCGGCUUUUAUCUUGUAAUUAAUGUAAGAAUACAUGGUAGUUUAUUUACUUUUACAUUUUUUAUUUUGUUUACAAUCAGUAGUAUUGUAAAUGAUUGCCCUAAAAAUGUUUCCAAGAAGAAAUGCAAGAUUAUUGUCUAUUGUUGGGUUUACCCUCUUAAUUGCACUUAUGCUAUAUAAAAUUUCGGGCCCCCUAGAUGGGCCAAAGAAUUUGGAGUUAGAGCAUGGAACUGAAAGAGCACAGAUGAAAGCUGUCCAUAAUGAAUUGCCUGGUCUUCUUACUCAGAGCCCAGAGCAUCUUAAGAAACAGAAGGAGUAUGAGAGCAGAAUUAUGGCUAAUAUCCAAAAAAUGACUGCCCAUAAAGAACUCAAGCGUAAGAUGGAUCAUGACCCGGUGGGUAUUAUCUUGCACAAAAAACCAAGCCUUUUGGAGGGAUUAGGAAGAGUUCGUGAUUUAGAAGACCAGGACAUAGCCGUACGGAAAAGUGUUGUGAUGGAGAAUCAGCUAAGACACAAAAUUGUACACCUAGAUUUAAAAGGGGCACCACCUAAAAUUGAGUAUCUUAAGAAGCUAUUUCCACUUUUGCAUACAUUUGGUGCCACAGGACUGCUUUUGGAAUAUGAAGACAUGUUUCCAUACUGGGGCAAGCUUGAAUUUUUAUCAGCAGACAAUGCUUAUGCCAAAGGUGACAUUGCAGAUAUUAUGGAAAUUGCCAAGAAAAAUAGUCUGGAAAUCAUCCCUCUUGUACAGACCUUUGGUCACAUGGAACAUGUACUAAAGGGUAAAGAAUUUGCAGAACUUCGUGAAGUGCCAAACUAUCCUCAAGUCAUUUGCCCAACAAACAAUAAAACAUUACCUCUUAUUAAAAUGAUGAUUGAUCAGAUUCUAGAGAUGCACCCAGGAAUUGAUUGGUUACACAUUGGUUCAGAUGAGGUGUAUAACCUUGGAGAAUGUACCAGGUGCCAACAAUACCUUCUCCAUCAACAGUUUGGGAAAAACGAUUUAUUUCUACAUCAUGUGAAAAAAGUUGCCAAAUAUGUCAAAGAAAAUUAUGAUAUACAGCCUAUAAUGUGGGAUGAUGAGUUCCGAAAAAUUCCUCUGAGGGCUAUUCAGGACUCUCAAGUUGGACAGUUGUUGGAAAUCAUGGUAUGGAAGUAUAGUGCUGGUAUUAUGGUUGAUCUUCGAUCAGAUAUUUGGGAAAAAUAUUCAACGGUGUUCAAUGGUAUAUGGAUUGCAAGUGCUUUCAAGGGUGCUGCCAAUCCUGAAAGUUACAUGACAAAUAUCAAUGAUCGUCUUAGUAACCAUAAAGAAUGGAUGGAAAUAUUUGAUAUGUAUAAAAGUACCAUUCCUUUCCGAGGCAUUGUAUUAACAGGAUGGCAAAGAUUUGAUCAUUUUGCAGUGUUAUGUGAACUUUUUCCCCAGGCUAUUCCUUCAUUGGCAGUAAACUUAAUGUAUAUCUCUGAAAGGAAAGCAGACCAUGGUGCCUUGGCCAGAGUUGGAGAUGUUCUCAAAUGUAACUCAUUUAUCAACUUAGACCUACAGUAUAUGGAAUAUCCUAACAAGUGUGACUUUCCAGGUAGCGCAGUAUAUGAAGUAUCACAGAAGCUUUUUAUUUUGAAAAGAGACAUUGACACCAUGGUGAAUAAUCCUCAUGUAACUGGAUGGGUAACAAAUUAUAAUAUAGAGCAUAACUUUGCUAGCCCCCAGCAUGUUGAACAAGGACUUCAGGAUCUCUCCAUGCUCUUGUUUGACUUUACUAAAUUAAUGACUGAUGCAGAAACUGCCUUGGCAGAUGUAUAUGAUGAGUACACUGUCAAAGAAUGGAUUUAUUUGAAUGUGAAACCAACUCAUGACAAACUACAAAAAUUGUAUACAUCUAGCACCAAACUUCAAGAAAAGAAAUACUGGCCCAGAAGACCUCUUGAAGCUGAGCAAAUCAAGGAACUAUAACUUGAGAGUUUAGAUGAGUAUCAUUCUGUAAAUCAUGCAUAAUUCUUUUGUGAUUUGUAUAAAUCAUUAAUUUAGUGACAUUAAACUUAUUAGAUUUAGUUGAUCUCAUCAUUGUGAUAUUUGAUUUAAUGUUUUAGCAGACUGCAACCAUUUACAGGUUGUUAUUGUAUACAGCACUGUAUAUUUUUUAUGCUGUUAGACCUAGACAUUUAUUGAGCUGGAUAGCUACUUUGUCUUAAUCUUCAGUCUUUGUUUCUUAUUUGGGGGGAAAGACAUGAUAAAUUUAGAAACAUUUGUUCCACCAAUAACCCCCCAUUGUUGUUGUUAAAGAUUCGCUACCUGGAACAAAAAGUUCAAGUAACACGGGCUAUGGCGAGCAACCCAAUUAAUGGUAUCAUAAACUUGUAUCAAUUAUUUAUUAUGAUUGCGUUAAUAUUUUGAUCACAGUGUGUGUUGAUAUUUUGAUCACAGUAUGAAAGCAUUUUCAAUUUGCAAGGUUCACUGCUCUGUAAAUAAAGGUCCAUGGAUCACUGCACUCUAUGUAUAUAGGUGCAUGGGAGACUGUAUUAAUUACAUAGAUUAUGACUAUAUUAUCAUGUACAUUCAGUAUGAAAGUGUGUGUGAUAUUUAUUGACUUUCUGUGCAGAGAUACCAACUACUAGGUUCUGCAUACUGGAAAUAACUGUCUAACCUAAUACAGGGUACUGUAUUCAUGUAUUAGCCUAAGAACACAAGAAAGUAAUGCAUUGUUAUGGCAGUGUUAGCUGGUAAUGUUGUGGUGGCAGUAAUUUGGAUAACUUUGAUGGCCAUCUAAAGGGGCAGAACAUACUGCUAACCUAGUGAGAUAAUGUUUCUUGAUACCUUGUUUCCUUGAUACAGUACCUGUUCUUGAGGGGUGGUUUUAUCUACGAGUUUCUCCAGACAUUUAAAAUACAUGUUAAGUAUUAAACAUACUCUUUGAAUAAAUACAACAAAUAUUUGUUGACAUUUAUAUUAUUGUUCAGCAGAUAAUCUGAGAAACUCACUUGCACUGUGAAACAAGAAUAUUGUACUGUAUAUGGAAAGAAUGAUGACUUUCUUUGACAAGCAGAAGCAUUAAAGUACAAACAAGGGAAAAAUAGGUAAGUAAGAUAAGGAAACAGUACUGUGCAGCAUCCACUGAAAGGAUGAGAUUUAAAAAAAAUAGAUUUUUAUUGCAAGCUGCAUGAGCAGCUAAAUAGAGUGACCAUACCCAAAGAAAAUUACCUUGUUCCAUUAUUUGAUAAGCAUAAAAUUGUAAAUGGGUUCUGUUUUAUUGGAAGCAUAUGUACCAAUAAGCGGAUACUCAUUAGUAGAAGGAAAUGUCAAUAUUAUGGUGCUCUUAAUUUCACUAGAGUGCAGGAAUUUUUACACUAUGGUUGAUUGUGUCAAAAUUGUUGUGCAUUAAAUGUGAGGAAAGUUGGAGAAAAUAACCAUUAGUGGUGGGAAAUGGGUACCCCAUUUGCCUUCCCUCAUGGUAGUGCUUCCGUGAGCAACCAAGGCCAACUGGUCUGCUACAUACCUAAUGAAAUGGAUUUCAAUGAAUCUAGUCAAAUAUAACCUUAAUAAACCAGAGUUCUCAUAUUACACAAAUUUCUAGUGUGCUUACACUAUCCAGUGAUAAAUAUUGUUCAGUUAAACUUGUUUAAAUUUAAAACAGUUUAAAUUUUAAACCUUGUACAAGAUAUAAAUAGUAGCCACUGCUUCUUCAUCUCAUUCUUAAAUAAUUAAUGGUUUAAUCAAUAUGGCAUUAAAUUACAGUGUAAUGUAAUUUUUGCAUUGAAUUAUAUUUUCUAUGCAAUGAAUAAAAAGAAUAUAUGGAGUGCAAAUAUUCACAAAUUAAUAGUGUUUUAUGGGUUGAUUCAGAUUACAAAGCAAAAAAAUUAUCAUUCACUGUGCAAAUUUUAAUGGCCACUUUGUAACUUUACAAACUUUUUUUUCUGUAAGCUCAUAUUUAAUUUGUACAAAAGCAAUAUUGUGGGGUUUCAGUUACAGUGCUAAAACUUGCAUGUUCUAUGAAUUAACAAAUCCAAGAUAUGUAGUACUGUAGUAUCACAUAUGUAAAAUGUUGUUAUUCUUUAUAAUAAAGAAUAUUAUUCAUGCUCAAUACUUACUGUUGCAAAAUUAAAGAAUGUAAAUAAACAUAAGGUAAUAAAGUAAAUUUGUCAAGAUGAAAAUGAACCUUGUAUGAUUAGUACACUAUUCAGCCUUUGUAGCUGUUGCCCAGUCAAAGUGCAAAGCAUAUAACAUCUGAGCCCUUAUGUGGUCAUUUGUAUGAUCAUCCAAAUCCUUAAUUUAAUAAUAAAGUGUACAAAUGUUUGUGUGAUAAUAGUUUUUGUGCUGAGUAGACUGAGAAUAUCUUUCAUUAUGGAAUGAUUUUACAGUUCCUGGCUAUGGUUUCCAUAGCCAGGGACAGGAAGCCUGUUAGACUUAUCAAGGUCUCCCUAAGCCACUGAUAGGUAAGUACCCAAUUACUCAUUUAUUGCUAGAUGAACAGUUGCAUCAGGGGAAAGGAAAGGUUGCCCAAAUGCUACCUGUUGUGCCGUGGAAAUUGAACCUGGAACCUUGACCAUGUUAAGGUUAUUUUGUGAGUUUACCACAGGAUAGUUUUAAAAGAUUUAUCAUAGGAGACCUGGAAUCUCAUUUAUUUAUUAAGUUUUAUUCGAUAUUGUACUGCAACUCAAAAAUUAUAUUGAUGGUAUGUGUAUUCACCUAGUUGUGCUUGCAGGGGUUGAGCUCGGCUCUUUCAGCCUGCCUCUUAACUGUCAAUCAAUCAACCGAUUUGUUUUUCCCCACACAUUUGGUGUAUUUGUUGCAUAGCUUUUAAGAUGGGGUAAUAUAGCCAUCAUCAAGGUUUAUACAUGGUAGAAAUGGGCAAAAAAUUUGUCCAACUUUGGUAAUUCAUUUUGGCAUUUUCAUUAUCAGGUUUGUAUUUCUACUUUUUUACCUCUAAUAAUUAGGAUGUUUGUAUAAUACUAGUACUAUUCAGUACAGCAUAGCUACUUAAAUUAAUAUUUUUGUAAUAUUGUGUAAAUUUUAUAUUUACACGGGCUUUUGUGCUUUUUCCUGGUACUUUAUUUACUUUACCUCUUCAGUUUUUUUAUUUACAACAGUUAAGAUGGAUUUACUUAAUAAAAUAUUUUAAUACCUCAAUGAUCAGGUGUGAGGGAAGGUUGAGCUGUCCUGAACUCUUCUAGUUAUUACCAAAACAUCAAUUUCAUUUCUUUGAUGUGUGGGUUGGAUUGUUUCUUCAGUCAGAUCAUUGUGACUUACUCUUCGGCAUAACGGCUUAUAAAAUUAAGCAAGCAGGCGACAGUGGUCUCCUGAAACAUCAUCAGUUUCAUUUAUUUUUAUAUGUAGUGGUUGAGUUAUAUAAAGACCGUUUUACUGUUCAUACACUCGAUAGUUAAUAUCACAAAGUAUAUUCAUCUUGUGUAAUAAUAAUUUAUUUACAAGAAUUUACAUCAGUUGUGACUUGUGUAAUUGCAUAAGCAGUAUGCUUAGAUUUAAUAAACUACCGGUAAUUGAUUGAUUGAUUGUAGUGUGUUAAUAUUUACAACUUGGUAAUGUAAUAACAUGCAGAUAUUCUGGUACAAUACUAUACACUAUAUAGGAUCUGAAAAUGCCUAAAAUUUGCAAAUGGUUUUAGACAACCAUUUUGAAUACUCAACUGCGCUAAUUGGUUUACUGAUGGAAUAUAUGGUAAAAUGUAUAUUUGCUUCUCUAAUACAGGUACUUGCUUCUCAUCUAAAAAAUGUAUAGUAAUAAAUAAUUUGUAAUA